AUAUUUGGGGUGGGACAAUGACACCACUAGGCUGACCCUCCCCAAAGAAGUCACGAAAUUUCCCAGAAUUGUAGAAUGUUAUGAUCCUCUCUCUUCCCUUUACCAAUUACCGCGCAUAAAUACAAUAUAGUCUCCACUCUCUCGCAGAAAGAAUCAACGCCACCAGCCACCACUGCCCUUGGCAUUGCACAUCAAACUCAGAACACAGAAGAUUUUAACUCUGCAGUCGGUGUCAGCUUGCAAGUCUAAGUAUGAGCUUGGCAUGCCUUGUGUGCAGCGCAGAAAGUCCAUCACACUCUUUUAGGAGUUGCUCUGUAUCAAGCACAGAAAACGAUGGAAGAUGUUCUGCUAUUGCCAACUGCUUAACACGGAGGCCAUCUCUUCCGCUGCCAACACAUUCCAACAUUGCAUCAUCCAAAGUAACCCCGCAACCAACUCUUUCAAAUGGUGGUUCCAUACCAGGUACCCCAAGGCUAGUGCGAAGCCGGGCUGUGAGAAGGGAUAUCGUGAGAGACUGGAACUUUGACGAGGCUGUGAUGGGGCGUUAGAGUUUUUCAGUUUGACUGGAGAGUAGAAGGCUCUUACCAUGGUAUAGUUGUGGGAGCCAAUAAUGCAGUCUAUUUUUGUUAGUUAUGGCUACAUUGAACUCACUUUUCCCUCUGGGAGAGUUUGUGCAUUUGUAACCAUCCCAGAAAAUCAUUGCGUUUGUUUAUAAUUUGACCCUUUUCGUA